GCACUAACACUCCAGAAAAGUAUUCGAGUAAGCUUCUAGUAACUAGUAACUACCGAAAUGAAGGUCGCUGUGGUGGCAAUAGUUGUAUAUUUGGCAGUUGGCAAUGUGGAUUCUUCUCCAGAUGUUAUGAAGAACCUUUGCCUGAAUUUCGGGAAGGCUCUAGAUGAAUGUAAGGCGGAGAUGAAUCUAAGUGACUCAAUAAAAGACGACUUCGCUAACUUCUGGGUUGAGGGUUAUGAGGUCAGCAACAGGGAUACGGGCUGUGCCAUCUUGUGCCUCUCCAAAAAGCUGGAUAUGAUCGACCCUGACGGAAAACUGCACCACGGCAACGCCAUGGAAUUCGCGAAGAAACAUGGCGCCGACGAAGCAAUGGCGAAGCAACUAUUGGACAUAGUCCACAACUGCGAAAACUCUACGCCACCCAACGAUGACGCCUGCCUGAAGACCCUGGACAUCGCCAAAUGCUUCAAGAAGGAGAUCCACAAGUUGAACUGGGCCCCCAACAUGGACCUAGUAGUCGGCGAGGUCCUCGCUGAAGUUUAGAAAGCAGGCUCUGUGAUAAUGUACAGUAAUUUAAAGCUGCUUUUGGAUUGGAAGGUUUAGCUUUAAACUACAGCAACUUUAAUGCAUUAGAAAUUGCUGUACGUCAUCUUCAAUCGAAUUCUAUUAAGAUAAAAAAAACUCAUUUUGUUAAAGUAGCAGUUCAUUAUAUCAAUAUCCAUUAUAAAAGACGUCAUAUCAAUCCAAUAAGGUCUGGAUUGGUCAAUGUAGCAUUUAAUUUUCUAAACGUUUUGGUUUCUGAACCGUUAUUUUAACAAAGGAAAACUUAUUUGCUCAACGGACUAUGAUUUAAAAUAUUCUUUUUGAGAUACUACACGGAGUAUAACUACACCUUUUAUUCAUAAACUAAUUAUGGAAAAGAGGUUCGACUACUAAUAAGUGCGUUUAAUACGAAUUUUAAGUGCAUAAUAUGAACCUUCGCAAUACGCAAAGUGCAGAAUAGUUAUACGCCGUGUGCUAGCUAUUUACUAUAUGUAUAUUUAUUGUUUCUCUUUUAUUUUAUAUUUCUUCAAGGGAAGGGCUAAAUAUGUUCCUAAAAUGUAUUAUAUUUACAUUAAUAAAGCAUUCUUGAAAAAUCUU